GCAGCGGCUGCAACGGCUCGUGACGCAAAGAAACGCACAGACGCGGUAGCGCCGAGGUCCGAGCCGCAGCCGCCGUGUCGCACUGCAGCCAGCGACCAGAGUUCGCCAUUCACCGAGCUGCUUCAUAAUUGUUCCACAGACAAGUUCAAUAAUUAAGCGAUAAAUAUACCAGCAGUAGUGCGGCGAGAGGAGGGCGGCAGUCGAGCGGCAGCCGUGUCGCGUACCACACACCCGUGCCGAGUGAUGGGCCCGAAGCUCAUUCGACAUUUUUCUAGCGGCCGACGUAGGAAUCUCACCGGACUGGUUCCCGCGCAACGCAGCGUUAGUGCGCCGUUCUGGUGAACCCUUUCGCUUGUAAAUGUGCCGAUAUUUACAUAUGCGCGCGCGUUCUCACAUCGAACUUUCGAUCUGCGCCCGAGCCUCUGGUGUGCUCCGCGAGUUGGCCGACAACGCGCCCGCGCUGCUGCCACCGCCCCAGCGCACACCCCGCCGGCACGACGUGCAAUGAUCUACGUGGGCCGAGAAAAAUUAUGCGUGCGGCGUGCGCGUGCGCGGUGGUGUGCGCGUUGGUAGCGCUUUGCGCGGUGGAUGUCGCGGCGCUGGACGAGGCGACACGCGCCGCCACCGAGCGCCACCUGCUGACCAUGCUGGGCUUGCCACGACGGCCGCCACGCCGCGCCGCGCUUCCGCCGCCCGUGCCGCGCGCCAUGCGUCUGCUUUACGACGCCCGCGGCGCUCUGCCCGCACCCGCUGCCAACACGGUGCGCUCCUUCCACCACACACCCACCAAAUUGGACGCACGGUUCCCGCACGAGCACCGCUUUCGUCUGUACUUCAACCUUAGUGCCGUGCCCGCCGACGAAAUAGCGCGUGGCGCCCAUGUCACGUUCCACCGUGCAACAGGCACCACUGGCGUGCAGCGCCUGCUGCUCUACGAUGUGGUACAGCCUGGUCGGCGCGGCAACACUGAGCCCAUACUGAGGCUCCUGGAUUCGCUAUCACUACGACCUGGUGAUAGUACGGUGACGGCGGACGCUCUAAGUGCUGUGCGUCGUUGGCUCGUCGAGCCGCGGAACAAUCAUGGACUAUUAGUGCGAGUGAUAGAGGAGGAUGGUGCACAGAGUAUGAAUGCGCGUUUUCCUCACGUGCGCGUGCGAAGACGCGCGGACGAAGAGGAGGACGAGUGGCGAGCUCGACAGCCGCUGCUACUAGUCUACACGGAAGAUGAGCGUGCGAGGACAGCACGAGAGAACGGAGAGACUCUCUUGCAAAGAAGUAAGCGUGCGACGAAAAGGCGAGGCCGUUGCGCUGGCGUAAAGUGCCGCCGAAAGCAGUCCCACCAUAGUGAUGUUUGCCAGCGGCGGCCACUGUACGUGGAUUUCGAGGAAGUAGGUUGGAGAGACUGGAUCGUGGCUCCUCUGGGGUACGAGGCGUACUACUGCCAAGGCGACUGCCCGUAUCCGAUUCCGAGCCAUUUGAACUCCACCAACCACGCCAUAGUGCAGAAUCUGGUAAACUUGGUGAAUCCGGCUGCAGUGCCGAAAGCGUGCUGCGUGCCGACGCAGCUAGCUUCAAUUUCCAUGUUGUACAUGGACGAAACGAACAAUGUGGUGCUCAAAAACUAUAAGGACAUGUCAGUGUUGAGCUGCGGCUGCCGAUGACAGCCGCCUCUCAGUGCCAGUGCGGACCUAGUGAUACCUCGUGGACCCAGUGUAAAUAUAGACGUGGCCUCCAAAAUUGUACAUAUUCUAUUUGUGUAUAUAUUCGUGUAAUUAUAAUUUUAUUGAAGAUG